AGCUGAGCCGAGAUUAGCUAGGGAGGAAGGGAGGCUGGGAGCUUCAAGUCACCAGAGAGGGGUGGUGGCCCUGACAGGCACACAAGAGCACCAUGCCACUGCAGGAGGAGACCCUUCGGGAAGUGUGGGCGUCAGACAGCGGCCACGAAGAGGACUUUCUGAGCCCCGAGCCCCCGCUGCGCCCCAAACAGCGACCCGCCCAGGGACAGAAGUUGAGGAAAAAGAAAUCCGAGACCCCCGAGUCCCCGGAAUCCAAACCCCAUAAAGCUGGAGCUGGGCGCAGGAAGCACGGGGAACCGUCCGCAGACCCCGCGGAGCCGCGCGCUGCGCAGACAGUCUACGCCAAGUUCCUGAGGGACCCCGAGGCCAAGAAGCGGGACCCCCGGGAGACCUUCCUGGUUGCCCGCGCCCCAGACAUGGGAGGUGAGGAGGAUUCGGAGGAGGAUUCGGAUGAUGAUGACGAUGAUGAUGAAGAAGAGGAGAAGAAAGAGGGGAAAAAAGAAAAAAGCUCUCUGCCCCCCAAGAAAGCACCCAAGGAGAGAGAGAGGAAAGCCAAGGCUCUGGGAUCAAAGGGAGAUGUAGGAAGCCCCAAUGCCCCUCGGAAACCACUCCGAACCAAGAAGAAGGAGGUAGGGGAGGGAACCAAGUUGAGAAAGGCAAAGAAAAAAGGGUCUGGGGAGUCUGACAAGGACCCCUCGGGGAGCCCAGCAGCCGUGAAGAAGAAGAUUCCAGCAGCCAUGUUCCUGGUUGGGGAAGGUGGCGCAGCUGAGAAGGGUGUGAAGAAGAAAGGGCCUCCCAAAGGCUCAGAGGAAGAGAAGAAGGAGGAGGAAGAAGAGGAGGAAGAGGAGGAUGCAUCUGUAGUGAUGAAGAACAGCAACCAGAAGGGCAGAGCAAAAGGGAAAGGCAAAAAGAAAGUGAAGGAGGAGAGAGCCCCAUCUCCCCCUGUGGAAGUGGGUGAACCCCGAGAGUUUGUACUGCAGCCAGCACCCCAGGGCCGGGCAGUACGCUGCCGGCUGACACGGGACAAGAAGGGCAUGGACCGCGGCAUGUACCCAUCCUACUUCCUGCAUCUGGACACGGAGAAGAAGGUGUUCCUCCUGGCCGGCAGGAAACGAAAGCGGAGUAAGACCGCCAACUAUCUCAUCUCCAGCGACCCCACCAACCUGUCCAGGGGAGGGGAGAAUUUCAUCGGGAAGCUGAGGUCUAACCUCCUGGGGAACCGCUUCACGGUCUUUGACAACGGGCAGAACCCUCAGCGAGGGGGAGGAGGUGACGUGGGAAGCCUGCGCCAGGAGCUGGCAGCUGUGGUCUAUGAAACCAAUGUUUUAGGCUUCCGAGGACCCCGCCGUAUGACCGUCAUCAUCCCUGGAAUGAACUCGGACAACGAGAGGGUCCCUAUCCGGCCCCGAAACUCCAGCGAUGGGCUACUAGUACGUUGGCAGAACAAGACACUGGAGAGCCUCAUCGAACUCCAUAACAAGCCACCUGUCUGGAACGAAGACAGUGGCUCGUACACCCUCAACUUCCAGGGUCGGGUCACUCAGGCUUCUGUCAAGAACUUCCAGAUUGUCCAUGCUGAUGACCCCGACUAUAUAGUGUUGCAGUUCGGCCGCGUGGCUGAGGACGCCUUCACCCUGGACUACCGGUACCCGCUGUGCGCCCUGCAGGCCUUCGCCAUCGCCCUCUCCAGCUUCGACGGGAAGCUGGCCUGCGAGUGACCCCACAGCCCCUCAGCGCUGGGAAAGCAUUCGGUUGUGGGUUGGCAGGGUCCCUCCCCCACAGCUCCUUGGAAGGGCUCACCCCUCUGCCUCUCGGUGACCUCCGUGCACCCUCCAGCCUGGCACCGGCCGAGGCGGAGGGGAUGGAGAUGAACAUCUGGUCGCCCAAAAAUACUUGCCUCGCCCCCUCCUCCCCAGUCACUUCCUGUCCGGGAGCCAGAGUCAGAUGUUCGAGGCCCCUCCGGGCCCGCGCUGGAGGUUGGGGGGAGGAGACGACGGUGAAACGGAGUCAGGGACCCACAUCCCCAAUAAAGUCGCGUCCCGGGCGGGACGCA